ACAAGCAAAUUAAGCAAUGGCGUCAGCUUCAGCCAUUAAUCCCUCUGUGCACUUGUGCCUGCUGCUGCUGCUGCUGCUUCUUGCUCCUCGCCUCGGCAGCUCCUCCCUCCGUUCAACCACGACGUCCCGCUCGCCCAUCCCUUCUGGAGAUGGCGGUGGAAUAGCAAGACCGCUGCCGGGAGUGAACUCGUCCAUCCCUUCUGGAGAUGGCGGUGGAAUAGCGAGACCAGUGAAUUCGCCGGUCCCUUCUGGAGACGGGGGUGGAAUAGCAAGACCAUUGCCUGGAGCAAAUUCGCCCGUCCCUUCUGGAGAUGGUGGUGGAAUAGCAAGACCGAAUUCGACCACCCCUUCUGGAGAUGGUGGUGGAAUAGCGAGACCGCUGCCUGGACCUGGACCAUCCAUCCCUAUCGGUGGUGGUGGAGGUGGUGUAUGAUACGGGUUCGUGGAGGCAAGAUUGGGUUCGUCCCCAACCGUUGCUGAUCCAACCAAAAGGACCAAUCCAAUAUAUAUCCACGCAUCGCAUAUUUGUUUGCUAAAGACUUGUGUGUGUUCAUGUAAUAACUAAUAAGACUCUCAGAUCGAUUUUCGGAGGUUUGUAAUAAGCGAAGCAAUAAAUGUAUCCUACUCUAUGUUCCAUGCCUUAAAAUCAUAACGUUCAAAAUUGAACCUCGA